UUAAUUCCAAACAAACUGUACAGUGUGUGCCCACACAAAAAUACAAAUUCUAAUAAUAGCUUCUGGUUUAGAAACCGCAGGAUCUGUGUUGGUUCACUACCAAGGCCAAGGCUGUCGCUUCAUUAUUCAUUGUGAGUUUGCCUCUGCAUAAAGCCACAAAAAUGGUGCUUUCGCUAGACCGCUGGGUCGGAAAAGUCGCGGUAGUGACAGGUGCAAGUUCUGGAAUAGGUGCUGCUAUUGCACAGUUCCUCGUAGACAAAGGAUUAAUAGUCGCUGGUUUAGCUCGUCGUUCCGAACUCGUCGACGCAAAAGCCAAAGAGCUUUCUGGCAAAACAGGAAAACUGUAUGCUAUCAAAACUGACCUCGCAAAAGAAGAAGAUAUUCUGAAUGCGUUCAAGUGGAUUGAAGAAAAUUUGGGCCAUGUUCAUAUCCUUAUCAACAAUGCUGGUCUUUUUAAAGACAAUUUGUUGAGAAAUGGAGAUGCAGCGAUCUGGAAACAAACUUUCGAUGUAAAUGUUUUGGGGUUGUGCAUUGCAACUCGAGAGGCUAUUAAGAUAAUGUCUGCUAAUAACAUCAACGGCCAUAUUAUUCAUAUCAACAGUGUAGUAGGUCAUAAAGUGCUGCCUUUUCCAGGAAUUAAUGUUUAUCCUGCGAGUAAACACGCAGUGACUGCUCUAACUGAGACUCUGAGGCAUGAACUGAACGCUGUGAACUCUAAAAUUAAAACAACGAGUAUUAGUCCUGGGUUAACCGAUAGUGAAAUGACAACUUUGAAUACCGAGCUUAGUCAAGAGCGUCAAAACUUAUUUAAAUCUUUGCCAGCACUAAAGGGAGAAGACGUUGCGGAAGCUGUAGGAUACGUAUUAUCUACUUCUGAAAAUGUUCAGAUUAAUGAAUUGACUAUCACACCUGUUGGAGAGUAAUUUUAUAUAGUUGGAUUCAUGUAUCUUUUGACACACGUGACCGAAGUAUCAUACAACCUCAGACCGUACCUAUCAUAAGAAUCUUUGUUUUAAGGAUUACAAAAACGAAGAGCCAGACAAAUAGUAUGUCUACCGAAAUUAGGCCAAAUUACUCUCUACGUCCGUUAUUCUCUUCCACAAAGUUCCUUGAAUUAGAAAAAGAUAAAAUACGUAAUAAAUGCGUCCGCAUAGUGCGACAGGCACUGAUGUAGUCAAUUUAGUGACUGAUAAUAAUUCAUCGAUUUUUCAUCAAAUGUCAUUGUCAUUUUUGGUUUUACUCAGAGUGGUCAAUCGCAGUUUUUCGUUGUUCUAUUCAAGUUUUCUAUUCAGAUCUUCGUAAAGUUCGUUGGUUGUUAGGAUUCUUGUUUCGUUGUCCUAUUUUUUAUGUGUUGUUAUCUUAUUUCUUGUUCGUGUUUGGUCUACAACAUGACGGGCAAACGUUUGAGGUCCCGCGCCCAGGUCGUCGUGUCCAACUUUAUAGAGUAUUUUGCUCUUGAGAAGGAAAACGGUGGUCCUUUAAUCUCAUUAAAUGGUACAGAACGAGUAAGUAAGUAAAAACCACUUGAAGGUUCGUGGUUAAUAAUUUCGCUCAAAUUUUUAGCGAGUUGCAGAUGCUCUAGGCGUUACUCGCCGAACGGUUUCGAAGAUUAAAAUUCGAAAAGAAACACUCGGCGUCGUUCUCAGUCCGACAAAAUCACGACCCAAUCGGAAAGCACCGAAACCAAAAGACCUGCCUGAGCUCACAGAUUUGUGUCAUGUUGACGUUAUGAACAUUGUCAUCUUUUUGACUAAUUACUACAAAGUAACAGUUAUUAGUUCGGACGUUCGCUUUUGGUCACGUGUGUAAAAAGAUACAUGAAUCCAACUAUACGCACUACCAAUUUUUUAUAACCAUUUUUCAAUAUUUUUCUAACAUAAUAGACAUUUAGAACAACAAAAACAUGUUCUUGGAAGAGCAAGCUGGUUUUCUUACCAUCUGGUACGGUCAGUGGGGAAACACAAAGAGAGUUUGCGCAUCUAACGUCAAGUUGAUGGCGUUUUCUUUGAAGUCAGAUGAAUGGUUAGAAUAUACUUUUAUACAUCUGAUUUGUCCAUUUCAUGACGAUUUGCAUAUAAACUUUACCCAUUAAAAAAUUGAUGAUGAA